CGCGGAAUGGCACGAGCGCGAAAGGGCGACGAAAGGCAGCCAAUGGAGAGCCAUUUCGUAUCGCUUUCCAUCCGGCUUUGAAGGGUUUAUAGGAGUAUGUGAUGAACAAUGUGGUCGUGGAGGAAGCGAGUCGCCGCCGCCCGGGCAUCUCGCUCUCCGCGCUGGAGGGGCUCCCGGCGGCGCCCGUGACCCCCGCCCACGUGUCGCUGGGGGAGGCCAAGGCCGUGGUGACCCUGCAGGAGGCGGCGGGCAAUGAGACGAUGGUGGCGCUGCAGGAGGCCGGCGAGAACGAGCCGCUCAUCCUGUGUCCCCUGGAAGAGCCCGGGGCCGCGGGCGUAAGGCAGGGCCACGCCCACCACCACCUUCCCACGGGCGCCACGCUCACCUACGCCGCCCUGGACGAAGGCGUCAACAUCGUGCUGCAGCCCCUGAAGACGGAGCCGCACGCCCACGCCUCGCCGGUGGGCCUCGCGGGGGACGACGCCCACCAGGUGCGCGGCGCAGACGGAUGUGCGAAGGUGGGCGGCGGCGGGGGCGGCGGCCCGCAGCUGGUGGUGGUGGGCGACGCGGGCGCGGGCGACACCAUGACGUACAUCUACAUCCAGGGCGAGAGCCAGGGUGAGCAGGAGGGCGGCGUGGCGCCCGCGGACGCCCACACCAUCACGCUCAACUCCGCCGACGGCUCCACGCUGCACACGCUCCCGGCCGCCUACACGCAGCACCUGGAGCACGCUUACGGGGACCUCGUGCUCGUGGGCGGCGGCAGUGGGGCCGCCGACGUGGGCGGGGCGGCGGCCGCGGGAGGGACUCGCCUCGAGGACGGCGACGGAGGCGCUGACGAGGGCCGGCGCCCGGACGAGGAGGUCCUCCUGCUGAGCGUGGCGCCCAUCAAGCUCGAGGAGCAAGACGGCGGCGCCGCCCUCGCCUUGCCCGCGCCCGCGCGCUCCGCCCCCAGCCACGUGCGAGACUCACGCCCUUCCGCCGCCCUGGAGGAGAGCGUGAGUGCGGGGCGCGGGCGUCGCGAGGGCGGGCGGCAGGAGGCCCGGCUGCCGGAGGACGAGGCGGGCACGAUCGAGGCGCGGCUGGCCACAAGGGACUCCCUGCUUCCGCCGCGGAGGAACCGGCGCUGCGGGAACCCCGGCGGCCUCACGUGCCCCGUGUGCCGCACGCAGUUCAAGUCGGGACGCCAGUACCAUGGGCACCUGCACGUGCACCGCGGCCACGGCGUGUGGCAGUGCGAUAUGUGCGAGCACACGAGCGACACGGCCGUGGCGCUGAGCCUGCACAAGAGCGAGGCGCACCACGAGGCCCGCCCCUACAAGUGCCCGCACUGCGCCCUCUCCUUCCCCAAGAGCCUCAUGCUAGAGGACCACGUGCGCUCCGUGCACAACAAGGAGCGCCCCUACACCUGUUCUUUCUGCACCAAGGGCUUCUACGCCCGCCCGACACGACUCAAGAUGCACCUCAACCUCCACCUGGGCAUCAAGAGCAACGUGUGCCACGUCUGUGGCCGCCAGUUCAGCCACCCCUCCAACCUGAUCCGGCACCAGCGCCUGCACACCGGCAUCAAGCCCUACGUGUGCUUCACCUGCGGCAAGCGCUUCACGCAAGUCACGCUGCUGCACCAGCACCGCGCCAGCCACCAGCCGGGGGCAGGCGUGUGUCCCCUGUGCCCGGCGACCUUCCGCAGCGCCGCCGGCCUCAGGAAGCACUCCAAGCUCGAGCACAAGAAGCCCAUGACGCUGCAGGAGGCGGCGCGCAUCAUCCGCGGGCAGCGCACCUCCACGGGGCGGAGCUACUACUGCCAGGUGUGCGGCGCGCAGUUCUCCAUCAAGUCCGAGCUAAAGGCGCACGAGCAGCAGGAGCACGGCGACAGCACGGAGCACAGGUGCGCCUCGUGCAACAAGGUGUUCUCGCGACCGCCGAGGUCAAAGGACAUCGAGGGCGAGGAGGAGGAGGAGGAGGAGGAGGAGUACCUGGUGGUGCACAUCGAGGGCGAGAGGGUGUCCUACGUGGUCAAGAAGGGGACCAAGAGCUCGCGCAACAAGGUGCUGGAGAUCGACGCGGCGCGGCCGGACGCGCUGAGCGAGGACGACUUUCCCGCGCCAUGCUGUCCGAAAGACCAUCAUGAUCAACGUGCAGGACCGACGCCCGGCCUCCUGCAGGACGGCCAGACCAUGAUGUCCCUCCCGCCGGAGAUAGAGGAAGGCGAGAGCGCUCCGGCGGGACUCGGCGGCGGCGAGGACUCGGCUUCAGGGCUGGACCACAUGGAUGCCGACAAGGCCGCCCUGCCCCUCGCCAGCAUCAAAUUGGAGCCGCAGACGGAGGACGACCUCGACCAGAUGACGCUGCGGACAAGCCGCAACAUCGCUCUCAAGGGCGAGUGCGACGACCUCAACCUGGACGAAGACACGAAGGUCGGCGGCGGCGGCGGCGCGGGGGCGGUCGCGCCGCUUACCUGUCGCAACUGCGGGAAGGUUUUCCAGAAGCGGUGGAACUUCCAGCAGCACAUCGCCACCCACGACGCGUCCCUCCACAAGUACAAGUGUGACACCUGCGGACACACCUUCGCCUACCGCUCCACCCUCAACAAGCACGUCCUCAAGCACCGCUCGCCGCCGCAGCUGCAUCCCUGCCAACUCUGCAAGAAGACUGGAAAGUCACAUGAAUAG